AUGGAUCUGAAAGAAAUAGAGAGAUACUUCAACAAGAAAAGGCAGUACUUGACUAAAGAGGAAUACAAGACAAUCAUCGGUGCAUUAAAGAAGCUCGAUAUUGCAGAAAAGGCUUCAAACAAACAUCUGGCUGAGGAAAUGAAGAACAAAGGGAACGAGGAGUAUAGUAAUGGAGACUUCCAAUCUGCCAUAGACUCUUACACUCAGGCCAUUAUUUAUGAUCCGACAAACGUAGUUUGCUUUUCAAACAGAGCCGCAGCAUAUUCAAAACUCGGAAUGACGGAAAAUGCAAUUGAGGAUUGCGAGAAUGGAUUGAAAAUUGAUGAUAAGUUUGUAAAGCUAUACAUAAGACUUGGGAUGCUAUAUCUUAACAAAGAUAAAAAUAGGGCAUACCACAUUUUCAAAAAAGGACUAGAGAUUGACCCAGAAAACAAAGCUCUCAAAAGGCAGCUCGAUCUUCUUGAUAAAGAAGUGUCUAAUGUCUCUUUGGAGAACACUCAAGCCUCUUCUCUGGAUGACAUGAUCAAGAAUAUGGGAAUGGAGGGUUUCAAAGACAACAAAAUCGAUUUCAAUUCACUUUUUAGCAAUAAGAAUAUCAAAGAUGUCUUUGACACAGUUAUUAAGGACAAGUCCCCCAGUGACCUUAUGAAUAUGGUUAAAGAUAUGAUCGGCGCAAUGGGAAGCCAAGACAUCAAAAAAUAA